AUGCAAUUUCAGUACAAUUCUGACUAUCCGGGGUUGACUGCAGAAUCUGUGGCUCUUGGCGUGGAUGUUGGUGUUGCUGCAGCCCAAGCACUAGCAGCAGACCCCAGAGAGUUUCCACCAGCCCAACCUAUCCCCUGUGCUCGGAUCACCACGCGAAUCUAUCACCCAAGCCGAAAUGAAGUCUCAACUGUGCAGAAUGUACUGGUCAGAACUAUGGCAAGACCACCGACGCAGCAACAGGCCACCAACUCCAUGCAGCCAGGCGAAGGCAAAGGUGACAAUUCAUCCAUGAGUAGCGAUGAUUUUUCCGUGUCGUCUUCUUCGUCAAGCGCAAUGAGUGACAUGGAUUUGGCUGAUGGAAAUGGAGGCCAACCAAUCGCAGCUGGACAGCCUCCAAUGGCACAUGACGACAGCCAAGAUCGAGCCUACUGGAUCCAACGAACAUUGAGAGAAGCUAUUUAUGGAAGAGUGCUGUUUGCCACUGUAUUACGGCGAAGGUACACUCAACAUCAACCAAACGCGAUAAAUGCAGACUGGGAAGUCACCUCUGAAUUCUGUGCUGUCAAGGAAAUGUCCCGACAACUUAUUCGAAAGGAACGAGAUAGAUUGGCAGAAGAUCCGAUUAAGGAAGUUUCAGCAAUGCAAUAUCUAAGGCAAUGGCAUGAAUCCAGAAAUCGAAACUCCCCAGGAAUUAUAUCUUCCAACCAAGCAGUCAUGGACACACAUGUUAUGAUGCCACUGGACUUGCUAUCUGACGAUCGAAAUCUGUACAGCAUUAUGCCAUACUGUGAUGGUGGAGAACUAUUCGAAAGGCUCGACCUUAACGAACGGUUCUCAGAGGAUGAGGCCAGAUACUGGAUGCAUCAGGUGCUGACGGGCCUCGAAAACUUGCAAAGUGCAGGGGUUUGUCAUCGUGACAUGAGUCUUGAAAACCUACUAGUACACCAGAAUAGGGCACUGAUAAUCGAUCUUGGUAUGUGUCUUCGGGUUCCCCUGGCAGAUAACACUCCCGCACUAUCUUCAGCAUUCGCAGGCAUCAACAUGAAUGGAGCUCCUGCUCCCUCGACGUUUCCUGAUGGGAGAGCAACACUGAGGUCUUUGAUGAAGCCUCAGGGCACAUGUGGAAAGUGGAUCUAUAUGUCACCUGAAAUCUAUUUGAAUCGUGAUCCAUUCGAUGGUUUUGCUGUGGACAUGUGGGCGGCUGGUGUGAUCCUUUUCCUCAUGCUGACAGGUUUCCCACCAUGGGAACGUGCUUGUGCCACCGAUGAGAGAUUCAAAUACAUGACAGCGGGAUAUUUGGUACAAAUGCUUACAGAGUGGGAACUUGGUUUGAGUAGUGAUUCCAUGGACCUUCUACAGCGAAUGCUCUUUUUGGACCCUAAAGAUCGAUUGAGUUUGGAUCAAGUACGUGCGCAUCCUUGGAUGCUCACAGGACAAUCUUAA